AUGAUUCAACAAAAUUGCAGUGAUGAAAAGAUCUUUUCUGCCACUGUUGAAGUUUUUGCCAAGAGCUCAGAAGCUGCUGCAACAAUGGGCCACGCUGUGGACGACGCGGAUAUUUGGUUUGAGGGCGACGAGCACCGUUCGUCCUCCAGCGCCUCGGGUUUCGAUUGGGACAAGACUGCGCGCUUGAUCUGCGCCGUGUUGCUGCCACCGCUCGGGGUGUUUCUGCAAACGGGCUGCAACAAGGACCUGGCGAUCAAUGGGCUACUGACGCUGUUCGGCUACGUGCCUGGAAUCAUCCACGCCGUCUACGUCAUAUGCGUGAGUUAG